AAGCAUAUUGCCAAGUCUUUUUUUUCUAAGGUGCUUCUGGGUUUGAACUGCCAAAGUUUCGAUUAGUAGCUAAGUGCUUAUCCAUUUGUGCCACCCAGGGACUCAAGAAUGAGGAGUCGUAAAAGUUCAUUCACUUAGUUGUGAAAAUAUUAUUGAUAAUUAGAGGGGAAAGCGAAAGGUAUACUAAAUAUGAGGAAUGAAAGAAACAAAAAUUUAGCCAUAGUCAUACUGAAAGGGACAUGACUUGUUUAGAAACCACAAUCUUGAAGUUUUAAAUAAUUGUUUGGAUAAUAGCUUGAGAGUAGGAAAUUGUGGACUACAGCUAAUUUUUUUUCUUUCAAAUUAUGAAAGUAGAAAGUCAUAAAUCAGGAACUUCAUAAUCUGUAAAAUGUAUUUCAUAUUUGCAAUCCAAUUUUUAUAUCAUGACAGGACUCAUAAUGGGAAGUGUAAACAGAGACAGUAUACAGUGUGGUUAAGAACAUUUACUUUAGAAGUUAGACCUGCAUUCAAAUCCUAGCUAUGGAGUUUGCGCAGUAUGCCUUUGGGCUAGUUAUUGUCUUGAGUUUGUUUUCUCAUCUGUUAAGUGGCAGUAGACUAUUUCAUUAGGCUGUUGUGGAUUAAAUGAAAUUAUUUUAAAGCACAGUAGCAGAGACACUGCCUGAACAUCAUGAGCUUUCUGCCCGAAACAUCAUGAGCUUUUAAUUGUUACAUCUUUUAAAAUGACAUACAAGAAUUUCGCCUCAUGUGUAUUGGUAUCUGAGUAGCUAGAUUUUGUACAUAUGUUAUAGACACUUAUUUGGAAUAUUUAAUUUUUUAUUAAGACUUCAUCGCCUGAUUCUUCUAAUGAGAAUUCCCCAGCAACUCCCCCAGAUGAACAAGGUCAAGGUGAUGCCCCACCACAGCUUGAAGAUGAGGAGCCUGCAUUUCCACAUACUGAUCUGGCAAAGUUGGAUGACAUGAUCAACAGGCCUCGAUGGGUGGUUCCAGUUUUGCCGAAAGGGGAAUUAGAAGUACUUUUAGAAGCUGCUAUUGAUCUUAGUAAAAAAGAGAUGUAUUAUUAACAAUACUCAUCGCCUGGUGGAGCUAUGUGUGGCCAAGUUGUCCCAAGACUGGUUUCCACUUCUAGAACUUCUCGCCAUGGCCUUAAAUCCUCAUUGCAAAUUCCAUAUCUACAAUGGUACACGCCCGUGUGAAUCCGUUUCCUCGAGUGUUCAGUUGCCUGAAGAUGAACUCUUCGCUCGUUCUCCAGACCCUCGAUCACCAAAAGGUUGGCUAGUGGAUCUUCUCAACAAAUUUGGCACUUUAAAUGGGUUCCAGAUUUUACAUGAUCGUUUCAUUAAUGGAUCGGCAUUAAACGUUCAAAUAAUUGCAGCCCUUAUUAAACCAUUUGGACAAUGCUAUGAGUUUCUUACUCUUCAUACAGUGAAAAAGUACUUCCUUCCAGUCAUAGAAAUGGUUCCACAGUUUUUAGAAAACUUAACUGAUGAAGAGCUGAAGAAAGAAGCUAAGAAUGAAGCCAAAAAUGAUGCCCUUUCAAUGAUUAUUAAGUCUUUGAAGAAUUUAGCUUCAAGGGUUCCAGGACAGGAAGAAACUGUAAAAAAUUUAGAAAUAUUUAGGUUAAAAAUGAUACUUAGAUUAUUGCAAAUUUCUUCUUUCAAUGGCAAGAUGAAUGCACUGAAUGAAGUCAAUAAGGUUAUAUCUAGUGUCUCAUAUUAUACCCAUCGGCAUGGUAACCCUGAGGAGGAAGAGUGGCUUACAGCUGAGCGAAUGGCAGAAUGGAUACAGCAGAAUAAUAUCUUAUCCAUAGUCUUGCGAGAUAGUCUUCAUCAACCACAGUAUGUAGAAAAGCUAGAGAAGAUUCUUCGUUUUGUCAUCAAAGAAAAAGCUCUGACUUUACAAGAUCUUGAUAAUAUCUGGGCAGCACAGGCGGGGAAACACGAAGCCAUUGUGAAGAAUGUACAUGAUCUGCUGGCAAAGUUGGCAUGGGAUUUUUCUCCAGAACAACUUGAUCAUCUUUUUGAUUGCUUUAAGGCCAGUUGGACUAAUGCAAGUAAAAAACAACGUGAAAAGCUACUUGAGCUGAUACGGCGUCUGGCAGAAGAUGAUAAAGAUGGUGUAAUGGCACACAAAGUAUUGAACCUUUUGUGGAAUCUGGCCCACAGUGAUGAUGUCCCUGUAGACAUUAUGGAUCUGGCUCUCAGUGCCCACAUAAAAAUACUAGAUUAUAGUUGCUCCCAGGACCGUGACACACAGAAGAUCCAGUGGAUAGAUCGCUUUAUAGAAGAACUUCGCACAAAUGACAAAUGGGUAAUUCCUGCACUGAAACAAAUUAGAGAAAUUUGUAGUUUGUUUGGUGAAGCACCUCAAAACUUGAGUUCUUCUCGUUUCAGUCAAACUCAGCGAAGUCCCCAUGUAUUUUAUCGCCAUGACUUAAUCAAUCAACUUCAGCACAAUCAUGCCCUAGUUACUUUGGUAGCAGAAAACCUCGCGACUUACAUGGAAAGCAUGAGACUGUAUGCUAGAGACCAUGAAGACUAUGACCCACAGACUGUGAGGCUGGGAAGUAGAUACAGUCAUGUUCAAGAAGUCCAAGAACGGCUUAACUUCCUUAGAUUUUUAUUGAAGGAUGGCCAGCUGUGGCUCUGUGCUCCACAAGCAAAACAAAUAUGGAAAUGCUUAGCAGAGAAUGCAGUUUACCUUUGUGAUCGUGAAGCUUGUUUUAAGUGGUAUUCCAAGUUGAUGGGAGAUGAACCAGACUUAGAUCCUGAUAUUAACAAGGACUUCUUUGAAAGUAAUGUGCUUCAGCUUGAUCCAUCCCUAUUAACUGAAAAUGGAAUGAAAUGUUUUGAGCGAUUCUUCAAAGCUGUGAAUUGUCGAGAAGGGAAACUGGUAGCAAAAAGAAGAGCCUAUAUGAUGGAUGAUUUGGAGUUAAUAGGUUUAGACUACCUUUGGAGGGUUGUGAUACAGAGUAAUGAUGAUAUUGCUAGCAGAGCAAUAGAUCUCCUUAAAGAGAUAUACACAAACCUUGGUCCGAGGUUACAGGUCAAUCAGGUGGUGAUCCAUGAAGACUUCAUUCAGUCUUGCUUUGAUCGUUUGAAAGCCUCCUAUGACACAUUGUGUGUUUUGGAUGGUGACAAAGACAGUAUUAAUUGUGCAAGACAGGAAGCCGUUCGAAUGGUUCGAGUACUAACUGUUUUAAGGGAAUAUAUAAAUGAAUGUGACAGUGAUUAUCAUGAGGAAAGAACAAUUCUACCAAUGUCAAGAGCUUUUCGUGGUAAACACCUCUCUUUUAUAGUUCGAUUUCCAAACCAGGGCAGACAGGUUGAUGACUUGGACGUAUGGUCUCAUACAAAUGAUACAAUUGGUUCAGUACGACGUUGUAUUCUCAAUCGUAUUAAAGCCAAUGUAGCCCAUACAAAAAUUGAACUCUUUGUGGGUGGUGAGCUGAUUGAUUCUGCAGAUGAUAGAAAGCUAAUUGGACAAUUAAACUUAAAAGAUAAAUCGCUAAUUACAGCCAAACUUACACAAAUAAGUUCCAAUAUGCCUUCAAGUCCUGAUAGCUCUUCUGAUUCCUCAACUGGAUCUCCUGGAAACCAUGGUAAUCAUUACAGUGAUGGUCCCAAUCCAGAAGUGGAAAGCUGUUUGCCUGGGGUGAUAAUGUCACUGCAUCCCAGAUACAUCUCUUUCCUUUGGCAAGUUGCAGACUUAGGUAGCAGCCUAAAUAUGCCACCUCUUAGGGAUGGAGCAAGAGUGCUUAUGAAACUUAUGCCACCAGAUAGCACAACAAUAGAAAAACUAAGAGCUGUUUGUUUAGACCACGCAAAACUUGGAGAGAGCAGCCUUAGCCCAUCUCUUGACUCACUUUUCUUUGGCCCUUCAGCCUCGCAAGUGCUAUACUUAACAGAGGUAGUCUAUGCCUUGUUAAUGCCUGCUGGUGCACCUCUGGCUGAUGAUUCCUCUGACUUUCAAUUUCACUUCUUGAAAAGUGGUGGCCUACCUCUUGUCCUGAGUAUGCUAACAAGAAACAACUUCCUACCAAAUGCAGAUAUGGAAACUCGAAGGGGUGCCUACCUCAAUGCUCUUAAAAUAGCCAAACUGUUGCUAACUGCCAUUGGCUAUGGCCAUGUUCGGGCUGUGGCAGAAGCUUGUCAGCCAGGUGUGGAAGGCGUGAGUUCCAUGACAUCGGUCAACCAAGUUACUCAUGAUCAAGCAGUGGUGCUACAAAGUGCCCUUCAGAGUAUUCCUAAUCCAUCAUCUGAGUGCAUGCUUAGAAAUGUGUCCAUUCGUCUUGCUCAGCAGAUAUCUGAUGAGGCUUCAAGGUAUAUGCCUGAUAUUUGUGUAAUAAGAGCUAUACAGAAAAUUAUCUGGGCAUCAGGAUGUGGGGCAUUACAGCUAGUAUUUAGCCCAAAUGAAGAAAUCACUAAAAUUUAUGAGAAGACCAAUGCAGGCAAUGAGCCAGACUUGGAAGAUGAACAGGUUUGCUGUGAAGCAUUGGAAGUGAUGACGUUAUGUUUUGCCUUGAUUCCGACAGCCUUAGAUGCACUUAGUAAAGAAAAAGCUUGGCAAACAUUCAUUAUUGACUUACUAUUGCACUGUCACAGCAAAACUGUUCGUCAGGUGGCGCAGGAGCAGUUCUUUUUAAUGUGCACAAGAUGUUGCAUGGGACACAGGCCUCUGCUUUUCUUCAUUACUCUCCUCUUUACGGUUUUGGGGAGCACAGCCAGAGAGAGAGCUAAACAUUCAGGCGACUACUUCACUCUUUUAAGGCACCUUCUUAAUUAUGCUUACAAUAGUAAUAUUAAUGUGCCCAAUGCCGAAGUUCUUCUCAAUAAUGAAAUUGAUUGGCUUAAAAGAAUUAGGGAUGAUGUUAAAAGAACAAGUGAAACAGGUGUUGAAGAGACGAUCCUUGAAGGCCACCUUGGUGUGACAAAAGAGUUAUUGGCCUUCCAAACUCCUGAGAAAAAAUACCAUAUUGGUUGUGAAAAAGGAGGUGCUAAUCUCAUUAAAGAAUUAAUUGAUGAUUUCAUAUUUCCUGCAUCCAAUGUUUACCUGCAGUAUAUGAGAAAUGGAGAACUGCCAGCUGAACAGGCUAUUCCAGUCUGUAGUUCACCAGCUACCAUUAAUGCUGGUUUUGAGUUACUGGUAGCGUUAGCUGUUGGCUGUGUGAGGAAUCUCAAACAGAUAGUAGACUCUUUAACUGAAAUGUAUUACAUUGGCACAGCAAUAACUACUUGUGAAGCACUUACUGAGUGGGAAUAUCUGCCACCUGUUGGACCCCGCCCACCAAAAGGAUUUGUGGGACUGAAAAAUGCUGGUGCUACUUGUUACAUGAAUUCUGUGAUUCAGCAGCUAUACAUGAUUCCUUCAAUCAGGAACGGUAUUCUUGCAAUUGAAGGCACAGGUAGUGAUGUAGAUGAUGAUAUGUCCGGGGAUGAGAAGCAGGACAAUGAGAGUAAUGUUGAUCCCAGAGAUGAUGUAUUUGGAUAUCCUCAACAGUUUGAAGACAAACCAGCAUUAAGUAAAACAGAAGAUAGAAAAGAGUAUAAUAUUGGUGUUCUCAGACACCUUCAGGUCAUCUUUGGUCAUUUAGCUGCUUCUCGACUACAAUACUACGUGCCCAGAGGAUUUUGGAAACAGUUCAGGCUUUGGGGUGAGCCUGUUAAUCUACGUGAACAACAUGAUGCGUUAGAAUUUUUUAAUUCAUUGGUGGAUAGUUUAGAUGAAGCUUUAAAAGCCUUAGGACAUCCAGCUAUGCUAAGUAAAGUCUUAGGAGGUUCCUUCGCUGAUCAGAAGAUUUGCCAAGGCUGCCCGCAUAGGUACGAGUGUGAAGAAUCUUUUACAACUCUGAAUGUAGACAUUAGAAAUCACCAAAAUCUUCUUGAUUCUUUGGAACAAUAUGUCAAAGGAGAUUUAUUAGAAGGUGCAAAUGCAUAUCAUUGUGAAAAAUGCAAUAAAAAGGUUGAUACUGUAAAGCGCUUGCUGAUUAAAAAAUUGCCUCCCGUUCUUGCUAUUCAACUAAAACGAUUCGACUAUGACUGGGAAAGAGAAUGUGCAAUCAAGUUCAACGACUAUUUUGAAUUUCCUCGAGAGCUGGACAUGGAACCUUACACUGUUGCAGGUGUUGCAAAGCUGGAAAGAGAUAAUGUAAACCCAGAGAGUCAGUUGAUUCAACAAAACGAGCAGUCUGAAAGUGAGACAGCAGGAAGCACAAAAUACAGACUUGUGGGUGUACUUGUACACAGUGGUCAAGCAAGUGGAGGACAUUAUUAUUCUUACAUCAUUCAGAGGAAUGGUGGAGAUGGUGAGAGAAAUCGCUGGUAUAAAUUUGAUGAUGGAGAUGUAACAGAGUGUAAAAUGGAUGACGAUGAAGAAAUGAAAAACCAGUGUUUUGGUGGAGAGUACAUGGGAGAAGUGUUUGAUCACAUGAUGAAGCGCAUGUCAUACAGGCGCCAGAAAAGGUGGUGGAACGCUUAUAUACUUUUUUAUGAACGAAUGGACACAAUAGACCAAGAUGAUGAGUUGAUAAGAUAUAUAUCAGAGCUUGCUAUCACCACAAGACCCCAUCAGAUUAUUAUGCCAUCGGCCAUUGAGAGAAGUGUACGGAAACAGAAUGUACAAUUCAUGCACAACCGAAUGCAGUACAGUUUAGAGUAUUUUCAGUUUAUGAAAAAACUGCUUACAUGUAAUGGUGUUUAUUUAAACCCUCCUCCAGGGCAAGAUCACCUGUUGCCUGAAGCAGAAGAAAUCGCUAUGAUUAGUAUUCAGCUUGCUGCUAGAUUCCUCUUUACCACAGGAUUUCACACGAAGAAAAUAGUCCGUGGCUCUGCCAGUGAUUGGUAUGAUGCACUGUGUAUCCUCCUUCGUCACAGCAAGAAUGUACGUUUUUGGUUUGCUCAUAACGUUCUUUUUAAUGUUUCCAAUCGCUUCUCUGAAUACCUUUUGGAGUGUCCCAGUGCAGAAGUGAGAGGUGCAUUUGCAAAACUUAUAGUUUUUAUUGCACAUUUUUCCUUGCAAGAUGGGCCAUGUCCUUCACCUUUUGCAUCUCCUGGACCUUCUAGUCAGGCUUAUGAUAACUUAAGCUUGAGCGAUCACUUACUAAGAGCAGUACUAAAUCUCCUGAGAAGGGAAGUUUCAGAGCAUGGGCGUCAUUUACAGCAGUAUUUCAACCUGUUCGUGAUGUAUGCCAAUUUAGGUGUGGCAGAAAAGACACAGCUUCUGAAAUUGAGUGUACCUGCUACCUUUAUGCUAGUGUCUUUAGAUGAAGGACCAGGUCCUCCAAUCAAAUAUCAGUAUGCUGAAUUAGGCAAGUUAUACUCAGUAGUGUCACAGCUGAUCCGCUGUUGCAAUGUCUCAUCAAGAAUGCAGUCUUCAAUCAAUGGUAAUCCCCCUCUUCCCAAUCCUUUUGGUGAUCCCAAUUUAUCACAACCUAUAAUGCCAAUUCAGCAGAAUGUGGCAGACAUUUUAUUUGUGAGAACAAGUUAUGUGAAGAAAAUCAUUGAAGACUGCAGUAACUCAGAGGAAACCGUCAAGUUGCUUCGUUUUUGCUGCUGGGAGAAUCCGCAGUUCUCAUCUACUGUCCUCAGUGAACUUCUCUGGCAGGUUGCAUAUUCAUAUACCUAUGAACUCCGGCCCUAUUUGGAUCUCCUGUUGCAAAUCUUACUGAUUGAAGAUUCCUGGCAGACUCACAGAAUUCAUAAUGCACUUAAAGGGAUCCCAGAUGACCGAGAUGGGCUGUUUGACACAAUCCAGCGCUCUAAGAAUCACUAUCAAAAAAGAGCAUACCAGUGUAUAAAAUGUAUGGUAGCUCUCUUCAGCAAUUGUCCUGUUGCUUACCAGAUCCUACAGGGCAAUGGAGAUCUUAAAAGAAAGUGGACCUGGGCAGUGGAAUGGCUUGGAGAUGAACUUGAAAGGCGACCAUACACUGGCAAUCCUCAGUACACCUAUAAUAAUUGGUCUCCUCCAGUACAAAGCAAUGAAACAUCAAAUGGUUAUUUCUUGGAGAGAUCACAUAGUGCUAGGAUGACACUUGCAAAAGCUUGUGAACUCUGUCCAGAGGAGGUAAAAAAAGCCACCAGUGUGCAGCAGAUAGAAAUGGAAGAAAGCAAAGAGCCGGAUGACCAAGAUGCCCCAGAUGAGCACGAGUCACCUCCACCAGAAGAUGCCCCGUUAUACCCCCACUCACCUGGAUCUCAGUACCAACAGAAUAACCAUGUUCAUGGACAGCCGUAUACAGGCCCAGCAGCACAUCACAUGAACAACCCUCAGAGAACUGGCCAACGAGCACAAGAAAAUUAUGAAGGCAGUGAAGAAGUAUCCCCACCUCAGACGAAGGAUCAGUGAAAUGCACAUAAUUAACUGGUUCCAUCAAGACUGUGCACCCAGGCCUUACAGUCCAACCUUUUUCUGUGUCUGGCUAAUAUUUAAAAACUAGAAAAACGAUUCCUAAUCAACAUGGAGUGGAGAGUUUAUUCACUGUCUUAUCUGCAGAAAUUUGCUGUCAAUAUAUAACCCGCCUGCAGUGGAAAGUGUAUAGUGUUUUGUAAUAAAUGGCCUGAUGCUAAUGUGUAAAUGGCAAAGGUGUAUAUAGUAUAUUAAUGUUUGACUGUUAAUUCUUAAGCAAGAAACUUUUUUUCUUGAUGAGACUCACAGAUAUACAAAAACUACAGAAGUUGAUUUUCUUGUUAUUCCCACUGCAUUCUGCAGCCAGUGUUGCCUGCCUCAUGGCAGUUGGAUCAACUCCUUUACAAAAACAAAAAUAAACCAACAGCAACAAAACAGAGCCCAUCCAUGUCAACCACACCAAUAGUUCCUGUUAAUUCUUGCCACUGGAGUCAGUGUUGCUAUGAGCAAUGUAAGACUGGUAAUUUUUGAAUUGUUUGGUUGAUGUGGAAAAUUGGUGACGUAACAUUGUUUCUAGAUCUUUUUCAUUGCCUUUUUAUUCUGAUAAUAGGUUAAUCACUUUGAAGCUAUAGUUAUGCUGUAACAUUUAGCAUGGCUUCACACCAAGUCAGUGUAGCCAAUGAGAAAAAAAAUCAUAUAAUGACAGCAGUUGUCCCAAAGUGGCAGCUGUAUUGCUCAGAGCUUUUCCUUCUUACACCUAGACUAUAAAAUAUAAAACAAGGGAAGAAACUGACACACGGGCGGUUUUCAGUUGCACAUAUGUUCCUUAUCUCUAAUGUUUGACAGUUUGAUCUCUGGGUGGGUAAAGACCACUUAGGUUUCAAUAAUGGAAAUUUUAAAAGAUUUAAAACAAAUAUGCAAAAAUUUGCUAUGCCAGGAUGCUUGGAGCGUAAUAGAAGACUGUAUUUGGUGUGCUUGUUUUGUUUCAUUGGUAGAGCUUAUUAGGUGAAUCUUCUAAAACUUUCCUUCUGCUGGAUCCCAGUGAAGUGGAAGUCCUCAGAAUCCCACAGUACUUGGAGUACCACUACACCAAGAUAUCCGGCUGAUUUUCUGCUCAGUCACAAUUUUACUUGAACGCAAGAAUUGUCCUAGCUCCUUUUCCAUUAUUCCAAAAAUUUUAACAUUCGCAACAGGAUUUAAUUAAACUACUGGUUAGUCAAUAUAAUUGAGGUAUUAAAAUUUCAGAAUAAACAUUUGAUUUAAAGAUCUAAGGGACUCAGUUAAUACUGUAUUUAAAAGAGAAUUGGUAA